CCUUCCUUCUGUGAGCAUUGCCGAGGCAGCUCCGGUCCCUCAUGUCUCUUUGCGGGGAGCAUCAACAUACUUCCCGCGGCAUCACUGGAGACGAUCCAGACCAACGCGUCGGGGAACUCCACGCAACUCCACUAACGGACUUGUGCCGGAGUAGAAAUGGGCAAAAGUGUAAAUUUUGACAGCGGAACUUCUAAGCGGGACUGAAAUGAGAGGUCACUUCUGAGUGGAGAGCGACACCCGAAUGGACCGGACCGCUUGAGGAAAGGUCACAUCUUAAAGUUACAGGCAAAGUACUUGUUAUAUUCGGUAGCUACUUCAGGAAAAAGUGAAGUGAAAGUAACAAUAUAGCCUGUUUUCAUUAUCGUUAUCUGUCCCUGAAGCGCUUUCCAAAUGCUAUGAAAUGGAGACACUCUUUAAAGAAUGUCUUGAAUGGUCCCGGCAGUGCUUUUGAUUCACUAGCCGGGCGUUUAUCUUAAUUCUCCAGCUCUUUCAGAGAGUCUGCAUUAAAGACUGCGUUGAUAUCGCUGUCGGGGGAGAAGAGAAGAGGGUAAUGUUUCUUUUAUGAAGUCUGUUUGUAAAACUUUACAGCUGUCAGCAGGAGGAAGAGUCGAGUGGCUUGCCAUGACGGGGAAGUAAAUAAAUCUGGACUUGAAGUGAGGCUUUUGAGGACGGGAGUCAUGUUCACGGGGGACAGCGUGGUCAGUGGCCACUUCCUGACUGGGGGUGCGUUCAAGCCCCAUCAGGGACUGGAAGUAAAUGCGUCGCUUCAAAUGGAGAAUGGACAACACUUUGGGACUUUUCCUCCAUACCAGGGUCAGAACGUCACGAAUGCCAGCUUGCCCAAAGUGGAGAACAACGAUAUUACAACCGCGUUUAAACCGACACCUCAACCGGGGCCUCCCGCUGCACUCAAACUAGGGCAGGAAGGCUUUAAGAAAGUCUGCAGGACCGAGGAGCACGGCCCCAGUCCCUUCCCCGGACUGGCCUCGGGGGUACUGGAGAUGCGCGUUAAAGAAGGGAGUAAGAUCCGCAACUUGAUGGGCUUCGCAAUGGCGCGGAUGCAAGGCGACCAAGGACUCUGUGGUGCCGGAGAGGGCGGACUCAGACAGGUGGUCUUCACCGGCUCGGGCCGCGCCGUCACCAAGACCAUCACGUGUGCCGAGAUCAUGAAGCGGAAAGUGGGCUCGCUGCACCAGCUGACCAAAUUGCAGUAUAAGGUGGUCAAGGAGGUGUGGGAGAACACCGAGGGGGGCACGUCAGAGAUGACCGUGCACAGAACCGUGCCCUCCAUCAGCAUCCUGCUAUCUAAAGACCCACUGGACCCUCAGGAGCCGGGCUACCAACCCCCAGAGACUCUCGGCGCACUGUGGGAGGACAGUGUCGAGCGCGCCACGGCGUCGGCAAUCAAGAGACCCCCGGACACUUUGCCGUUCAGAGGUUUACAGCACUGUAAGCGUGUGUGCUCGGGUGAAGGGGUCUCCGUGACCCCCCUCUUGCACUGACUGGAUGUCAGAGUCCACUUGAGCACAACUCUGAGACAAUCAGAAGAGCCACUGAGACGGAGCAGCGCUUUGGCACAAGACCUAACUACCAAUUGCAGCCUAACUGGGAUGUUCUGAGCUUGCCUUCUGUACAGACGGACGUCAAAAUUGUGUCAAUUAUGUACCGGCUGUGAAACCUUAAACCUGAUGACGAUACUUUUAAGAUUGAAAAUAAGCCAUGAACUGCAAAGACGUUUUUCUUGUUUGUUUCAAGCAAAGGUUACGAAAAAAAAUAAACUGCUGAAAACUGCUGAUGACAAAUGAAAAUCUUGACAUUGACCAUUUUUUUUGUAUAAGAUGUUUUCUUUCCGCUACGAUUUAUUUGGGGCUGUGUUGAAUGUCAAACUUGCCAGAGGAUAUUCAUUAAAAAAGGUGAAAUUGCCUAUUUAUUUAAUCAUGCAUUUAAUCAACUAAUCCACCCUAAAAAACCUUUUGUGUUAAAGUUUCAUUUUAGACUUCUGGCUGAACCUAGUUACCGACUACUAUUUAUCCACCAGAUGGCGCUACAUUUCUUCAUUUAAAGCAUGCAGCAAAAUGUGACACAUCAUAAUGUGUGUGUGUGUGCGCGUGUGUGUGUGUGCCUGCCUGUCUGUUGACAAAUGCAAAUCACACCAUUGUCCAUUUUUAAUUUGUCCCACUAUUAAACACAAUUUCCGCCCCUUA